GCGGUCCUGAGAAAUGAACAUGGCGGCCGCCUGCGGCCUCCGCUGGGGCCUGAGCCGAGCUGGAACCUUGUUGCUCCCGCCGCCUGCGCGCUGUGUUCGCCGGGCUCUGCACAGACAGGUAUUCGGCACCGAAUUCCAGAGCAUCUACAGCCUGGACAAGCUCUACCCCGAGUCCAAGGGCGUGGAUACGGCCUGGAAGGUCCCGGAGCGUGCGAAACAAGCCAGCAGUGACAUCCCUCUAGAUCGAUUGAGCAUAUCUUACUGCCGGAGUAGCGGUCCUGGAGGGCAGAAUGUUAACAAAGUGAAUUCCAAGGCUGAAGUCAGGUUUCACUUGGCCAGUGCAGACUGGAUCGCCGAGCCUGUGCGCCAGAAGAUUGCUCUCAAGCAUAAAAACAAGAUCAACAAGGCAGGAGAGCUGGUACUUACCUCCGAGAUCAGUCGCUACCAGUUCCGGAAUCUGGCGGAGUGCCUACAGAAAAUUCGAGACAUGAUUGCUGAGGCCAGCCAAAUGCCCAAGGAGCCCUCCAAAGAAGACGCUCAGCUCCAGAGACUCAGGAUAGAAAAGAUGAAUCGGGAAAGACUGCGACAGAAAAGAAUCAACUCUUCCAUAAAGACGAGCAGGAGGGUGGCUAUGGACUGAAGUCACCCCACGCUGCCCGCAGAGACGAGUGUCUUGCUGCUCUGCAGGGCUGCCACUCCAGGGGAGACUUCUCGCUAACUGGAGCCUGGCCGGAGCGUUGCUUAGGAGGGACGGCUACAGGGCAUCCAGGCAGCUCACCCGGUUGCCCUCCUCGUGUAUUUCUGGCUGCAAUAAACUUCUAAGCACAGGAACCUCGCCUCUCAGAGCUUUGCAGUAGGGCUCCAGCCUCUCAGCCUGGACCCUCACAGUUGCUGCCUAGAACUGGGCCAGCAUCUGGGGCAGCAGAGGAGUGUGGACUGGCCCUUGAGCAAACAGCCAGAAGGGCCAGGAUACCUGAGCUGGCCUUUGAACUGGACCCUCAAAACCACAAACUGAACACAGUGGGCAGCAAGGAAGCCAGAGAUGCUAAAUGGCAGGUUGUGCAGGAGACUUGGGAGGUGCACCUGGCAGGAAGACAUGUAAGAGUGUCAAAAUCCAUUGCGCUACAUCCCCAGGCCAGAAGUUUGGGUUUACUGUUUACGUGCUGAGUGGGUGGGCAUUUGUGUGUCACGUGUAGUGAGGGGUUGGAGAGCAGCUUGCAGUCACCUCUCUCCUGGCACGGGCUGGAACUUCACCUGCCAAGCCAUCUGGCUGGCCCUGACUUUAGUUAUUGUUAUGAGAGAGGCAUGUCUGCUGGUCAGAGGACGGCUUGUGGAAGUCGGUUCUCUUCCUCCACCACGUGGGUCCCAGGGGCCAAUUGGGCUUGGCCACAGCGCUGUUCUUGCUGAACCAUCUCACCAGCCCCUGCUGGUGUUUUUUAUGCCUCCCCCCACCAAUGUAUUUAUUUUUUAAAAGCAAGAAUAAAGGCCAGAGUGGCUCAGCAAAGCAAGGCGCCUGCUUCCAAGACUGCCAUGCGUUUGAUCCCUGGAGCCCACGUGGUGGAGGAGAGAACUGACUCAUGAGAGUUGGCUUCUGGCCUCACAAGCUCAGUGACGCAGCCAUGCACACACAAAUAUAACUUAAUUUUUAAAAAUCAGAUAAGUGCUGCCCUGGUCAAAUUUUCCAGAGACAAACCAAAAUUUGGAUUCCAUAUUAGCUUGAAAAUUGAGCAUCGUUAGUGUCAGGCAGACAUCACUCAUCUACAGGAGGUAAAAUGUCGUGCUGGGCUGCAAGGAAAUUCUCUACAUUUGGUUUAUUCCUCUGCCAUCAUUUUAUUCUGCUCCAGGGCUCUGGCAUGCAAGAGAAUCCAUGCCUAAAAUUUAAUACCUCCAAGUGGAUAUGAGCUGUCUCUGGGCUUGGGUGCGGUUUUAACAAUUCUGUUACUCAUCUUGUUGCUAGCUCCCUGGGUCAUGGCUGACCAGUGUCUCCAUCAUCGCUGCUUCCUUCCACGGCCAUGAUUUCUGUUUCUUCCCAUCUCCACAUUGUUCCAAAUGCUUUCAAACUUGAGUGUCGUCAAGCUUUAGCUCUAAGGAUGUUGGGGUCGUUCGCCCCACUCCCUCAACCCCAAUCCCCAGUUGCAGCCUUUAGAAAAGUCAGCGUUAAGAAACAGACCAGAGAAUCGUUAGGAUUAACUACGGGAGCAAUUGUUCCACACGGAUAAGUCAUUAAACAAAUUCUUCCUGUGCUCAGUUACACAGUUAAACAUACGUAUCUCUUUUCACGUCUCAGCCCUUUCCCAGAACCUCAACACCCACUAUGAAGCCAUUGCUAUGCAGCUCCUGAAUUAAACUAUACUUCCCAGAAUGCUCUGCGCCUCCUUUCCCUCGAGGCUUUUUGGUUUUUAAAGUGUAUUUUAAUAUUACAACACUAAGAUCUCCCCCUCUCUCCUUGUCUCUAACUCCCUCUCUUCCUCCCGCCCCUCCUUUGACUAAUGCCCGCCCUCUCCGUGCGUCAUAUAUUCGCAAAGAAUAUGCGUUGUGUAUAAAUGUUUCCAUCGUUAUGGAAGGA